AUGGAGCAGAGCCCCGAAGCUCAGUUGUCACCGCCAGACGGACAAGCGGCGACUCGCGGGUCCGACGCACUUCCGAGACCGCGUCCGUUGGCUUGCACUCCAUGUCGGCGCCGCAAGAUUCGAUGCGACCACAAGACGCCAAUCUGCUCCAACUGCGUCAGAUAUGGGCUGGAAUGUGCCUGGCCCGAAGGUAGACGCUCUUCUGGACGUCGUCAGAGACCGCUCUAUGAAGAUGUCGUUUCGAGGCUUGCCCAGAUGGAGCGGUUGGUGGAGGAGCUCCAGUCCACGAAGCCAGAUCAGGGUAUGACUCCGCCAACCAACGAGGCGAGUACUUCUAGCAUAUCACCCCUGAACACCGUUUCAACACCUGCGGUGGCGCCGGCGGUGGCGCCGGCGGUAACGCCGUCUUCCAUGACGGCGUCGGUAACGGUUUCGGCUUCCCAGUCUCCUAUAUCGAGACGGAAAGCUAGCAGCGCAAGCCCGUCUUCCGGGAACCCCGACACACACCCAUCUCCAACGUCCGCCACAUCUUCAACAGGGGCGAGGCCGUACUAUGUGGGAGCUCCUAAUGAGCAAGUCGUCGCUGCGGCAGGCGCCUGCUCUCUGCUCUCGCCCCAAGGGCUGGCUCAGAUUGAGCUGCUCAUCGGGGACUCGAGGUUCACCAAUGCCCUGAAUACCCUCCAGCCCAAGCUCGAGACUCUCAGCCCGCAGCCGUACCUAGAGCCAUCAGACGUGAACAACCCGCUUCCUCCUAAUCAUGUGAUCAUGGACUGCGUCAACGAUUAUAUGGUGACGAUGAACACUGGCAUUCGACUCUUCCAAGAACACGAAGUACGAGCGGCGCUCAGCGCGUACUUUCAGGGUCAACCCAUCGCAGACCCAGGCUGGCGGUUGGCGAUCAACUCCAUCCUCGCCCACACGAUGCGCAAGAGAAACCGCAUGCGCAACAAGGAUGAAAGCGAAAAGUACAUCCACAACGCCUUGGGCAUGAUUCCCAAUGUUAUUAUCCGGGCGCCAACCCCCCUCACGAUCGGAGCCAUGUUAUCAGUAAUACUCUACUACAACUUUAUCUCAGAAAACCACAUCGCCCUGACACUCCUCGGCCUCACCGUGCAACUUCUCCUCAUGUCGGGAUACCACCGUCCGGACCCUGACCUCGCCUUUGCCGACCCUCAGAAUCUUAGCCCGGCAGACCAUCUCCACCGGCGCCGCCUCUUUUGGCAUGCGUAUGUCAUCGACCACGACCUCAUGCUGCGCAUUGGCAAGCCCCCGCUUAUCAGCGACGACUUCCUCUUGGACCUACCCGAGGAACAUCCGGCGGAUGGGUAUAGCAUGUACUACUACCCCAACAACAUUACGCUCAACUUCUUCCUGCAGCAGGUACGCCUGGCGCAGAUCCAAGGCCGGAUAUCGGCGGCGCUGUACUCGAAAAGCGGCGUGCCACCGACAGAACUCGAGGCGGAGAUCCGCCGACUCGAUGCCGAGUUACAGGAGUGGAGGGAGAGCAUACCGGAAAUGAUCCACCCCGAGCGCGUCGAUGCGUUACUAGACGGCGACUACCACCGCCUGGUCUGCCUUACGACUCUGCACUUCACUUACUUCCAGCUCGUUGUUGCAAUUCACUCGACAGCAUUCAGAUUGCCGGCCUUUGAAGACCAGGAGGGCGUGGAGACACCCGACAUUGGCCCUUCACUCGCGUUAUGUGUCGGCGCAUCUCGAGCGGCCAUCUCGCUGCUAAAUUUCCACCAAAUUGAACACCCUUACACGCCAUAUUUGAUCUACCAAGUAGCCUGGAGCGUAGACCUCCUUUUCGUCAACAUACUCCAAAACAAGACUUCGCCUCGGGCACGCCGCGACCUCGAGCUGAUCCGCACAGUGCUCUCCUUCUUCGAAACAUACGAUCCGAGUCACCGGACCGUUAUCUCGUACCAGAUCAUCAGCGUCAUUGCCGACGUCGCCGCCUCCGUUCUUGCUAAUACUCCCACUUUACCGCCUCACAUGCGUCCCGUUUCCCGGCCUGUGGGUACCGCCGUACAGGUCCCACCAGCGACGUCAAACCAGGCCGUCAGCCCCGCCACGGCCAUGGCACGCCAGAGCAUCGGGGGUUUCCCACCCGAACUUGGCAUGACGGGGACGACACCGGGUCGCAGCGGGAGCAUCAACGGCGCCAGCCCAGAUGUGUUGGGCCCCAUGACCAGCCUGACCAUGUCCGAUCAACAGCAACAGCAACAGCAAGGGUUCGUAGACAUGACCGCCCUGACGCCGGUGACGCCGGCAAGCGAAACACCGUUCAUGUCCGGUUUCAUGGACAUAGCGACGGACUGGCGGCUGCCGAUGGACUACCAGCCCGAACUAUGGCAGUACGACAACAUUUUGGAUAGUCGAUACCAGAAUCGGAACUAG